AUGGAGACGGUGGUCGAUAAAGAGAUACUAAAAUCUGCCGGAGCAGAGCUUCUUCCCGACGGACGUCGAGGUUUGCGCAUCCAUGGCUGGGAGAUCGAAACCCUCCGUGGCACGAUUCUCACUUCUCUCGCUGUCGAGGAGUGGGAAGAAAAGCUUAAGACAUCUCAUUUACCUGAGAUGGUUUUUGGGGAGAAUGCAUUAGUUAUUAAGCACUUGAGUAGCGGCACUAAGAUUCAUUUUAAUGCAUUUGACGCACUUACGGGUUGGAAGGAGGAAGGACUUCCACCUGUUGAAGUUCCUGCUGCAGCACAAUGGAAAUUUAGGAGCAAGCCGUCCCAGCAGGUGAUACUAGAUUAUGAUUACACGUUUACAACGCCAUACCGUGGAAGUGAAGUAAUUGAGAAAGACAAAGAAGCGGUUGAGGCAAAAGCAAAUCCGGAGGGAGAAGCUUGUCUUCAGUGGGAGAACUGUGAAGAGCAGAUUGAUUUGGCUGCUCUCUCACUUAAAGAACCUAUUCUCUUCUAUGAUGAGGUAGUUUUGUAUGAAGAUGAACUGGCUGACAAUGGAGUCUCACUUCUGACUGUGAAAGUGAGAGUCAUGCCAAGUUCGUGGUUCCUCCUGUUACGAUUUUGGCUUAGAGUUGAUGGUGUGCUUAUGAGAUUGAGAGAGACAAGAAUGCAUUAUGUGUUUGGCAAAGGUGAAACACCCACUGUUCUUCGUGAAAGCUGUUGGAGAGAAGCAACAUUUCAGUCUCUAUCUGCGAAAGGGUAUCCAGUUGAUUUAGCAGUCUAUAGCGACCCGAGCACCAUCAGUCAGAGGCUUCCGGUGAUUAAGCAGAAGACGCAGAAACUGAAGAUCCCUCAUAACGUGUAA